CCGGUACAAGUAACGGCGAUGAAGAGAUCUCGGGCUACGUCUCCACCGUCGAUCUCUGCCGCCGCGAAACCACCACUUACCCCUCCGGCCACGCCGAUUCUCAAACAGAAGCUCCAGAAAACAGGAAUACCAAAGUGGUUCCCGCUGAAACUCACCCAGACGGAGCUCACUUUGCCGUUAACUUUUCCGACGGGUCAAACAUUCCGGUGGAAACAAACCGGAGCGAUUCAGUAUAGCGGAUCGAUUGGUCCUCACCUCGUCUCUCUCCGACAACGUCCUGGAGACGACACAGUUUCGUACUGCGUCCACUGCAGCUCAAGCCCUAAAGCAGCAGAGCUCGCGCUGCUCGAUUUCCUCAAUGCUGAGAUCUCGCUAGCCGAGCUAUGGUCUGAUUUCUCGGAAAAGGAUCCUCGUUUCGCAGAGCUGGCGAAGCAUCUCCGUGGGGCGCGUGUUCUGAGGCAGGAUCCGCUCGAGUGUUUGAUACAGUUUUUGUGCUCGUCGAACAAUAACAUCGCGAGGAUUACGAAGAUGGUGGAUUUCGUAUCGUCUUUAGGGUUGCAUCUGGGUGACAUUGACGGAUUUGAGUUUCAUCAGUUCCCAUCAUUGGAUAGGUUAUCUAAGGUUUCUGAGGAUGAGCUUAGAAAGGCUGGUUUUGGAUACAGAGCGAAAUACAUAACAGGUACAGUAAGUGCUUUGCAAUCAAAACCAGGUGGUGGCAAUGAAUGGCUUCUGUCUCUACGAAAAAUGGAUCUCCAAGAUACAAUUGCUGCUCUUUGUACAUUACCAGGCGUCGGUCCAAAGGUAGCAGCUUGCAUAGCUCUGUUCUCUCUUGAUCAGCAUAGUGCCAUUCCCGUUGACACACAUGUCUGGCAGAUCGCCACAAGGUACCUUUUGCCAGAUCUUGCUGGUGCCAAACUGACGCAUAAACUCUGCAGCCGAGUGGCAGAAGCAUUUGUGAGUAAAUAUGGGGAAUAUGCUGGUUGGGCUCAAACAUUGCUUUUCAUUGCUGAGUUACCCGCACAAAAAGCUCUCUUGCAGUCUUUUUCCCAGUCCCAUGAAAACUCUCACAAGGACCUGUAGUUUGCUAGACUCAAGGCGGCUUCUCACGGUGUGCAAAUUCUCCAGAGCUAAGAAUCAAGGGCAAUUCACAAGCUGAUGCCUAUGUUGUAACAUUUCCUAGGAAAUUCAAACCUUGAUUUGUACUUGUUGAUUCUUCAUUCAUACUUCUAAUUGUUUGUUCUCUCUUUUCAGAUUUCUUAUAUCGUAGUGACUUUGAUUAAUAUAAACACAAACAAAAUCCAA